CAUACUUCUAUCGCCAUGGACCGGAAGGCACUUACCGGCAUCCUCGUCGCAUGCUUCGCCGUCCUCGCCUUGGUCGUGCCGCAUGUGACUGCCCAAAACUGCGGGUGCGCCGCUGGCCUCUGCUGCAGCCGUUACGGUUACUGUGGGACUGGCCGCGACUACUGCGGGCCGGGUUGCCAAGCCGGCCCCUGCGAUCCCGCCGCAGCCCCGCCCGCCACUAACGCAGUUGUGGUCGGCAACAUCGUCACCGAUGCCUUCUUCAAUGCGAUCCUCAACCAGGCCCCCGCGAGCUGUGCCGGAAAGAGUUUCUACUCGAGGAAAGCGUUCCUCGAUGCCAUCAGUAGCUUCCCGAGGUUCGGCCGGGUCGGGUCGGUCGACGACUCAAAGCGCGAGAUCGCCGCUUUCUUCGCUCAUGUCACGCAUGAGACUGGACAUUUUUGUUAUAUCGAAGAGAUAGAUGGGCGAACCGACCCGAAAAAGAUCUACUGCGACCCCAACGUGCCGCAGUACCCGUGCAAGCCGGGCAAGAGGUACUUCGGCCGAGGGCCCCUCCAGAUCUCGUGGAACUACAACUACGGCCCGGCCGGCCAGAGCAUCGGGUUCGACGGGCUCAACGCGCCGGAGACUGUGGCAAACAACCCCAUCGUCGCCUUCAAGACGGGCCUGUGGUUCUGGAGGACCAACGACGUCCAGUCCAAGCUCUCGGGGCAAGGGUUCGGUGCCACGAUCAGGGCCAUUAACGGCAUAGAAUGCAACGGGGGGAACCCAGGAGCUGUUCAAGCCCGGGUCACGUAUUACAACAAUUACUGUAGGCAAUUUGGGGUUGCACCUGGUGGUAAUCUCAACUGUUAAGGGUCUACGAUCCGUAUUAGCGAAUGUGGGUACACACCUUCACAAUAAUGUGCCCUAGAGAACAGCCUUCCUCUGCCUAAUGUAAGCUUGGUCAUCAGCAUGAACAAAUGGCCUCCUUGCACUAGUGAUGUUAGAAAAAAAAAACCCUAAGGAGAAAGGAGACGAUGAAAUAAAGAUAUUUGCUUUUGUGAGA